AAUACGGCUGUGCGAGAGUUCGCAGGCUCAUCAGCUCAGUCACGUGACACCGUUCUUUCUCUUGCAGCGUGGUGGACCAAGGAAUGGCGGUUGCGAAGUUCUUUGUGGGUUUUAUUGGGCUUUUAGUCCCACUGCUUGCCUCAGGUGAGCCAUGUGUUGGACCUAAGGCAACAUCAACUUCUUACACCUCAACCAACAUCUUCAUGUCGUCAGAAACAGUCUUCCUUACUGAAUUCUCCCUUGCAUGUGAUAACAACGCUAAGGAUGUCAGUCUGUAUGCUGAAGUCAAUGGAAAGGUUAUGCCAGUCACUAGAUCUACCGAUAACUCCAAGUACCAGGUGAGCUGGUCAGAGGAACACAAGCAAGCCAAGAGCGGAGUGUACACCAUCAAUUUCCUUGACGAGGAGGGAUACUCCAAUUAUAGAAAGGCCCAGAGAAGUGGGGGAUCUCUAGACAUCAAGCCUCUGUUUACCAUUGACAUCAACCAUAAGGGCGCCGGUCGUGAAGGACUGUGGGUACAAACAGAGUUUAUUGCAGUUGUCGCUGCUCUUCUCAUCUGGUGGUGUGCCAACAAUGUCAAGAGCAAACUCCAGGAAUAAUAGAAUUUUAUUACCAUCUCUAGCCUCUUUUGAAAAGAGAACUGUAUUUAAAAUAAUUAAAAACUCUUUUACUACAAUUUGUUUAUCAUGUUUAUUUAAAUGGCUAUGGAAGUGUUUUGCUACAAUUUGUUUCUCAUGUUUAUAGGGUGUAUUUUACAAUUUGUUUCUCAUGUUUAUGGAACUGUAUUACUACUAUUUGUUUCUCAUGUUACAGCGCAACCAAGAAAACUGAACACCAGGAAAAAAAUGGAAUGUUUGUUCUCACCUAUCACUCGCAAGAUAUUCAAACAUUUAACUAGAAUCAUGUCUCAACAAAUCUUAGUGUCCGAAUUCUUGCGUCAUUCCACACAUAGUUUAGGUGUUCACGGUUUUACUGGUUGCGCUGUAAUGGGAACUGUAUUUUACUAGAAUUUGUGUCGGCCCUUUACCUGCACCUGAGAUCAGUUUAUAUCCCUUGGUGCUAAAACAGGAGCCUACAGUAAACACCUAUGAAAGUUGACAUGCUUGUUGCCUUGGGUAGCGAGCAUGUUUCAUUCCAUAGGUACACUUCUGAUAGAACUGGGUCCACUGCCGGGGUGCCAUCUCUUAUCGAAAGCUGAGUCAACCUUCAGAGAAAGCUUUUUAGGGGACUGUUUGCAAGUGAUGAGGGACUCCAGGUUAUCAAAUAGUGUCUGUGUCAGGUUUUCAAUUUGUAGUUUGAUUGAGAUUGUUGAAUAAAAGAGUAUUUGGAAAA